GACAAGUGACAGCCGUCUUGUGGUUGUGUGGCAUGUGCGGUGUGCACGGUUUUGUGGUGAAAUAUUAAAUUAAAUAUAUUUAAAUAACACUUUUAAACUAUUGCAUCAUGAAAGUCGUGUGUAAUAAAAGUAACCCGCCCUUAGGCGGUCUAUUCGCUGUAGAACUCCACAGGUCGUCUGCUGGAGAUGUAGAGAUUGUUUGGGAUGGCGAAUCAUCGAUUACCUUACCCAAUUCAAGCAAAUCUUUGCCAUAUGGCACAAGUAAUGACUUAAUAAGAAUACUCGAAAACACGUUUAAUAAAUCGGCCGGCCCAUUACAGAGAGUUACCAUGAAUCACUGGCUGUCUUUUAGCCUUAUUCUUGAUGAAGAGAUCCCAAAAUCUUUGGAAUACUUGGAAAAAACGCUUGGACCUCUAACAUACUUAGUUGGAGAAUCACUAUCUGUUUCUGAUUUGGCUGUCUUCAGUGUGCUUUAUGCUUCCAAUAAGUUUAAAGAGAUUUCCAAAUCAAAUCCUCCAAACAACAUUAUAAGAUGGAUGAAACUGAUCCAAGCUCAACCUUGUGUGGAGAAAGUUUUGAGAGAAUUGCCUGCAGAUAUUCUUGAAAAUGUGGCUAAAACCUCAUCAAGGAGAUCUCCACCAGCAAGUAAGGAAACAGUUAGUGGUCGGCAACAAGAGGGCAAAUUCAUUGAUCUGCCUCACGCUGAAAUGGGAAAAGUUGUUGUACGUUUUCCACCUGAAGCAUCUGGAUAUUUACAUAUUGGCCAUGCAAAGGCAGCUUUGUUGAACCAAUAUUACCAACAAGCAUUUGAAGGUAAACUGAUCAUGAGAUUUGAUGAUACCAAUCCAGCCAAAGAAAAUGCUGAUUUUGAAAAGGUAAUUCUAGAAGAUGUCAAGAUGUUGGAGAUCAAACCAGACAUGUUCACGCACACAUCCCAGUACUUCGAUCUGAUGCUACAACUUUGUGAAAAACUCAUCAAGGAGGGCAAAGCGUUUGUUGAUGAUACACCUGCUGAACAGAUGAAAAAUGAAAGAGACCAGAAAGUGGAAAGCAAGAAUAGAAAUAACUCUGUGGAGAAAAAUCUGCAACUAUGGGAGGAAAUGAAGAAAGGAAGUAACAUUGGUAUACAAAACUGCGUUCGCGCCAAAAUUGAUAUGCAGUCCAUGAAUGGUUGUCUCCGAGACCCAACCAUUUACCGUUGUAAACCAGAACCGCAUCCGCGUACGGGCACUGAAUAUAAGGUGUACCCGACAUACGACUUCGCGUGUCCCAUAGUAGACUCCAUAGAAGGUGUGACGCAUGUUCUAAGAACUAUGGAGUAUCACGACAGAGAUCCGCAAUUCUACUGGUUUAUUGAUGCUCUUGGCUUGCGGAAGCCUUAUAUUUGGGAGUACAGCAGACUGAGCAUGACAAAUACAGUUCUAUCAAAGAGAAAAUUGACAUGGUUCGUGGAGCAGGGGCUUGUUGACGGAUGGGAUGAUCCACGCAUGCCGACAGUACGCGGUGUGUUACGGCGCGGCAUGACCGUGGAAGGCUUGAGACAGUUCAUCCAAGCCCAGGGCUCGAGCCGCUCAGUCGUCUUCAUGGAGUGGGAUAAGAUAUGGGCUAUUAAUAAAAAGGUGAUCGAUCCAAUUGCACCACGCUAUACAGCGCUAGAAGCAGACCCAGUAGUUGUAAACCUUAAAGGAGUAGCCGACUCAACCUUGACCGUGGCCCUUCACCCCAAGAACCCGGAUAUUGGCUCCAAAACCGUCUGGGUCUCGUCCAAGUUGUUAAUCGAUCAAGUGGAUGCGCAAGCGCUGAAAGAAGGGGAGAAUACUACGUUUAUCAACUAUGGAAAUGUUAUGAUUGAUAAGAUUCAUAAAUCUGCCGAUGGCAAAGUCACAAGUGUGGAUGGCACACCCAACCUCGAUAACAAGGAUUAUAAGAAAACCCUAAAGAUCACGUGGCUAGCGGACUCGCAGAAAUCGCCCCGUGUGGAAGUGUACUGCGUGUACUUCGACCACAUCAUAUCCAAGCCACUGCUCGGAAAGGAUGAGGACUUCAAACAGUACAUUGGACAUCAGACGAGGUGGGAGGUACCCAUGAUAGGCGAGCCUGAACUAGCCAAACUGAGAGUGGGUGACAUAAUACAACUGCAACGCCGCGGUUUCUUCCGCGUGGAUGUGGCGACUUCAUCACCUUCACCGCAUACUAGUAAAGCCGCCCCGCUCGUCCUGUUCCAUGUGCCCGAUGGACAUACUAAGGAAAUGCCUGGACAGCCCAAAUCAGUGCUAACGACACAAGCGAAGCAACCGACCCCCGCAGACGCCGUAGGUUCAGCGUCGCAAUUAAACGAACAAAUCGUGAAACAAGGAGACGCGGUGAGAGCACUCAAGGGCGCGAAGGCUGAGAAAGUUAAGGUCGAUGAGGCAGUCAAAGCACUGCUAGAUCUUAAGGCCAAGUACAAAGCGGCUACUGGACAGGAUUGGAAACCGGGUGUUACACCAGCAGUUAAAGCUGAGCCCAAACCAUCAGCUGGUGGUGAUGCUGCUGCACUUAACCAGGAUAUCAUAAAACAAGGAGACCUCGUACGUUCCCUGAAAGCUGAUAAGGCCGAUAAAGCUAAAGUCAGUGAGGCUGUUGCACUUCUGCUGGAGUUGAAGGCUAAAUACAAGACUGCUACUGGACAGGAUUGGAAACCCGGUGCAACGGUGUCAGAAGCGAAACCCUCCCCAGCGGGAGACGCGGACAGCAUCAACCAGGAGAUCAGCAAACAGGGAGACUUGGUGCGCUCUCUGAAGGCAGCAAAGGCUGAGAAAGCGAAGGUCGACGAGGCUGUGAAGAUCCUUUUGGAGCUUAAAGCCAAAUACAAGGCGGCUACUGGACAGGAUUGGAAACCCGGCGCAACAGUACCGCAAGCGAAACCCUCGCCAGCAGGAGACGCGGACAGCAUCAACCAGGAGAUCAGCAAACAGGGAGACCUGGUGCGCUCGUUAAAGGCAGCAAAGGCUGAGAAAGCAAAGGUCGACGAGGCUGUGAAGAUCCUUUUGGAGCUUAAAGCCAAAUAUAAGGCGGCUACUGGACAGGAUUGGAAGCCAGGAGCGACGCCAGCGCCGGUGAAAGCCAAUAACGGGCCAGAUGUUAACGAAAUUUUAAUUAAAAUCACCGCACAAGGCGACAAAGUGCGUAAAUUGAAAGCAGAAAAGGCGGAGAAGGGUACUCUGGAUGUUGAGGUGAAGAACCUACUGAACUUGAAAGCCCAGUACAAAUCAAUCGCUGGUACAGACUGGACUCCAACCGCGGCUCCUGCUCCUGUUAAAACCGAGGCUACCGAGAAGCAAACAGCAAUGAACGGUGUAAACGCAGAAGCUUUGGCGGCCGAAGUCGCGAAACAAUGUGAAGUGGUGCGAGACCUUAAAGCGAAGAAAGCUGAUAAAACAACAAUAGACGCGGAAGUGAAGAAGCUUCUAGAACUUAAGGCGAAGUACCAACAAGAGACGGGAGUUGCGUACGCGGCGGCUCCGGCGCGAGAGAGUAAGCCGAAGGAGAAGAAACCGAAAGAAGUUAAAGAAGUGAAGAAGGAGAAGAGCAAAGAACCGAGCCCCAAGCCCAAUAAAGAAGAGUCAUCGAGCGGUGUUAAGAAGAUAACACGGCUCGGGCUUGAGGCGUCCAAGGAAUCUGAACUGUCAGAAUGGUACCAGCAAGUUAUAACUAAAGCGGAGAUGAUAGAUUACUACGAUAUAUCAGGAUGUUACAUCCUCCGCCCGUGGUCGUACAGUAUUUGGGAGAUCAUUCGAGAAUUCAUCAGUACCAAUAUCAAGAAAAUGGGUGUGAAGGAUGUGUAUUUCCCCAUCUUUGUGUCUAAGGCGGCGCUGGAACGCGAGAAGACGCACAUCGCGGACUUCGCCCCCGAGGUGGCGUGGGUGACGCACUCGGGCUCCAGCGAGCUCGCCGAGCACAUCGCAAUCCGCCCCACCUCCGAGACGGUCAUGUACCCCGCGUACGCCAAGUGGGUGCAGAGCCACCGCGACCUGCCGCUCAAGCUGAACCAAUGGAACAAUGUCGUGCGAUGGGAGUUCAAGCAGCCGCAGCCGUUCCUCCGCACCCGCGAGUUCCUCUGGCAGGAGGGACACACCGCUUUCCGCGAACAGAAAGAAGCUCACGAGGAGGUUCUGCAGAUCCUUGAUCUGUACGCGCGAGUAUACGAAGAGUACCUCGCGAUCCCAGUGAUAAGGGGCAGAAAGACUGAGAAGGAGAAGUUCGCGGGCGGCGACUACACCACCACCGUAGAAGCUUAUAUCGGUGCUAGCGGGCGAGCUAUUCAGGGAGCAACAAGUCAUCAUCUGGGACAGAACUUCUCAAAGAUGUUUGACAUCGUAUAUGACGAUCCUGACACGCAGGAGAAGAAAUUCGUCUACCAGAACUCAUGGGGCAUCACCACUAGGACUAUAGGUGUAAUGGUCCUUGUACAUGGAGACAACCGAGGCUUGGUGCUUCCACCUCGCGUAGCAGAGAUCCAAGCUAUCGUGGUGCCCUGUGGUAUCACAGCAUCCAGCACUGCAGAGGAGAGGAAGAACCUCAUGGAUUCCUGCAAAAACCUCGUGGAAGAGUUGAAGGCAGCUGGUAUCAGAGCUGAUGGGGAUUACAGGGAGAACUACUCACCUGGCUGGAAGUUCAACCAUUGGGAGCUGAAGGGUGUACCAAUCCGAGUGGAAUUAGGACCAAAGGACAUUUCACGGGGUGAGAUCGUAGCAGUUAUCCGACUCACCGGUGAGAAGCGUACGCUCAAACGGGAUUCCGCGCCUAAGGAACUGGUGACUACCCUCGAAAAAAUACAUGAGGAUAUGCUUAAUAAAGCUACGAAGGAAAGAGAUGAGAGAUUGUCAUCAGUAACAAAAUGGGAAGACUUUACAAGUGCCUUGGAACGGAAGCAUAUCUUGUUAGCACCUUUCUGUGGAGAAAUUUCUUGCGAGGACAACAUUAAAAACGAUAGUGCCAGGAAUGAAGAUGAUCAAACAACAGAAGUAAAGGCUCCAUCAAUGGGUGCCAAAUCCUUGUGUAUUCCAUUCAACCAACCACGUGACAUAACUGCCAGUGACAAGUGCAUCCACCCUGCUUGCAAUAACAAGCCCAAAUUUAUAACAUUGUUUGGUCGGAGUUAUUAAGAAUACUUCUAUAUGUGUUUUAUAAAUUUAUUAUUUAAAAAUAAAUAAAUCAAAAUU